UUAUACGUCAUCAGUCAUCAGUGAUCAUUGAAUACUGAAACGUUUUAAACGUUUUAAAUCUUAUAACUUUAUCUUUAUUUUAACAUCGAGGGAUAGGUAGUUGGAACAAAGUGAUCUGAGCCAAGACCAAAAUAACUUUUCUGACAAUGGACUCAAGUUGGACAAAUAAGACUGCAAUUUAUCGAGAUUUGGCUGUAGCUCAAGGAAGAACGCCUAUUGACAUUGAAGAUCCUAUAGCUUGUGAUGAAAAACCACCUCGAGAGGUUAUAGAAGAAGAGACAGAAGAGGAGUUUUUUGGGGUGGAUGGAAACUAUGAGUAUUCUGAUGGACCUGAUAUUCAAACAAUUCAGUAUUUGCUUAAAGAAGUCGAGACCAAUGAUGAGGACUGCGAAAUACAAGCAUUAGAAAACACGAUGUCUAAUGUAGAACCUAAAAUUGAAGAAAAUGAUCAUCAGUAUGUUCCAGCAAAACCAGAACUAUCUAAAAGCCAAAAUAAAAAACCAGUAACAAAGAUAUUGAGAAACCGAAAUGCUGCAAUGGCUUCUCUCAUUGAGACUUAUGGUGAAGAUAGUAGAUGUAUAGAAAACAUUGAGCCUGAUGAUGAAACAAAUAUCAAUAUUGAUAAUGCUGUCAAGCACAAAAUAAUAGACAGUAGCGAUGAAGUAAAUAAGGGCUUAGUAUUGUCAAUGGAGGGGAUGUUUAGGAAGAAACCCCAGUUGUCUCAGGUGAGUUCAGUCUCAGAAAAAGUGGUCCAAUCUAAACCUGAAAGUGGUAAUGGGGUUUCAGAAUACUUUGUACCGUCAAAAACAGCCAAUGAUUAUUAUGAGAAAUUUGUUGAAAGAAAUAAUACACCUAUUGAAGAAAAUAGUAUAUGGAGUAUUGCUCAAAGGAAGAUGUUGGAAAUUGAGGAAAAGAGAAAGAAGGAAAAAGAAAGUGCAGUGACAAAUAUGAGUUUAUUGAAAACAGUUGGAUCUGAUGCAAAAGGUCUAGAAGAACUAUUUUUAGCACAGCAUCGACAUGAGACAUGUGAGACCUGUAUUGUUUGUGAAGUGUUAUGUGAACCCUCCAGUACAAAAUAAGCCAAAAAACUCAAAAGAAAUACUCAAUAUUUAGCUAUGUCUACGUUUUAAGUAAAUAUUAUUAGGGGUUUCAUCAAAUAGAAGAAAAACAGGUGCCAAAAAUUUUACUUUUCCAUGGAUGCGAAAACUUUGAAAUUAACAUCAUUCCGAGGAGCAAGGAAUUUGGAACAGAUAGAUUGCUUAUUUCCCCCUAGUCUCUUUUGUAGUACAAGAAGUUACAUUACUUCUCCAGAUGUUUUUGCGGCCCUAUUUUGUAGGCUAUUUCAUGUACCUACACCACACAAAAAAUAUGAUAAAAUAAGUAUAUGAAUAAUAGAAUAUAAAUAAAAUAGAACCCUACUGUAUUUGAUAUUUCGAUUAACUUUUCUAAGAGUUUUGGAUAGGAACCUGAUCAUUUCAAAAUUAAUAGCUUUUGACACUGACAUUGUUAUGAUGUGAAACAAGUAUUUAUCUUAUUGGUACUUCUGGACUGGGGAAGGACGUAAAGUGAUGUUAAUGGACAUCAAGGUUAAAUAACAUUUUUUUCUUCAUCUCUGGAAUGGGAACUUAGUUUUGAUAGGUUACCAUAACACCUGCAUCUUCAUAAUGCUACAUCUGAAUAUUCCUAUAUAUCUCAUACACAUAACCACUUAACUAUUCUUGAAAUAUUUUUAUUUGUAUUUUUGCAGUAUUCCUUUCAUUUUCUCUUUUAUUUGAAGAGGUGUAUAAGAGCUUCCUGAUUCUGGAAUUUCUUCUUUCAUGAUUGUAUUUCAAAAGAAAAUGAUAUUCAGUCACUAGCUGGUAAUCUUGUCACAAGAACUACGAACCCACAACAUCCAAGGACUAUUUUGUAAACAUUCUAUAAUAUUGAAAAGUUGUUCUGACCACGUGUCUUAUAAGACUGAGGUGCAGUUGCGUAUACAUGGAAUCUUAAAACACUAGUGGUUUUAUUUAAAGCAUCAUCAGUUAUAUAAUUAGUCAGUAACAUCCCGGCUCAACCAAACCUUCUCUUGUGAAUACAAUUCGCUUUUGACUUUUUGUAUGCCAUCCAAUUAGGCAGCUAGGAUAGAAUUUUUGGCCUAUCAAGAAUUUACUAAAUUAGGUAAGCAACUUGUGCAUUUGUAUCCUCUAAUAAAAAAAUAGACACACUACUUUUGUAUAAGGUAAGUAAGGUAAUUUCAUUGGAUUUUUGAUGCUAGCGAGGGGUUCUCUUCCCUUAGUGAGAUGUGGUGAGAUUGUACUCAAGCUCUCCUCUCACUUAAUCCCAUGUGAGAUAUUUGAGCUUUAUAGGUUAUAUUGGUUUAUUGUAUACUGUUUCUCUCCCCCAUAUGAAAAUGACUUUACCCUCUCAUCCCUUUAAGCGCCUCACGUUUAUAAUGGAUGACCCCUAAGAGGGUAAUAACUUUCAGGGGGUCAAACACUACUUAUGUAUAAGGGGGCAUCCAUAAAUUAUGUGAGGUAGUUUAAUUGAUUUUUUGACCCUCCAUCUCUCCUUAGUGAGAUUUUACUCAAACCCACUUAAUUUGCGUCACGUUUAUAAUGGAUCACCCCUUAGUGGUUUUGUAUUCUUGUACUCCCUGGGCUUACUCUAGGGUACUAUAAUAUGAUGCCAGUCUUAUGUUUCAAUGUUAAUAAUGCCUCAUUCAGUUAAAAAAUAAUAACACCACCCCUAGGGUAACAUAUAUAAUAUAUACCUUGGGGGGGAAAAUGAUUUCAAUAGCUUAAGUUUGUGAAUGAUGGUUCUUUUGAUACUUACAUAUUAUUUGACACUACUUGGAUCAAGUAUUUUAUGUGAUAUGAUAGGGUAAUCUUGUGAAUAAGAUUAUUUAUAAUUAUUAUACGAAAAUAAAUAUAUUAUUUUUAGCAUCAUAGUUCUUUUGCAAUUGAAUAGCUAUUAGAAAUUAGUAUUUUAUUGAUUAAACAGUUUUAUAUUUUGAUAUAGCGCUGCACAAUUUUUGUGUUGAUGUGUUUUAAUUAUUUAAAUAAGUUAUACUCAAUGUACUUGAUGAUGGACCACAGACUUAGAAUAUACAUGUGUAUAGACGACAUGAUAGCCCGAUGAUCAGUGUUCAAUAUUGAUUUGGCAAUGUGUGCGUUAGUGGUUUAAUAUUCAAAAUAACGAGAGGCUAAUUCCAUGGCUGACUGUUGACGACUUGUCUAUUGUCUAUGUCUUCUAUCUUACUGUAUCUCAGUGAUGUUCUUCUCACUACGCCAAUAUAUUGUAAGUCUGUGCUUGCAACAUCAAUUUAUUGUUUUAAAGGUUAUAUAAUAUAUUAGUUAUUUAUUUUCCAUGAAUGCAUUUUACAGUGGACGAAUAUUGUUGAUUUUUUUUUUUUAUUAUCCUAAUAGUGUCCAUUUUUUAUAUAUUCACGGUUAAGUGUACUUGUUUCAUUUUGUUUAAGUUUGGUGUUGAGAAGGGAAUUGGAACUGUGAUUCUAUGAGACUCGCUCUAUAGUUACCUAGAGUUAGUAAUUUUAUUUACUUUUUUUUAUAAUUAUAAACCAUUACAACACUAACGGCAUUACAAAUAAACUUCGCAUAAAGUUGUACCUGAGAAUAAACCAAGAAUAUGCAGAAUGUUUACAAAUCGUCAUUUUGCUUAUGAUCAGUUUAUUCGGACGUUUAACUUUUCCCGCAUUUAUUUGCAUGGCUGCUUGACAUUUGGAAUACUUCAGAAUUAUCAUUGUAUUGACAGUGUUGUCAGCGAUACAGUCACUAUUUUGCAUAUUCUUGGUUUUUUCUCAGGUAUAAAUCUAUACAUAGUUAUUUGAAAGGCUGUUAAAGUUUUCAUUUAGGUCUGUCCAUUUGAGUUUGUUUAUAAACUCUUCUUACAAUUAGCUUUAGAUUAUUUUUGAGCCAAGUGAUUGUUUUGAGAAACAGGAAUUUAAAAGUAGCUCUUGAUAAAACCAAACCAUAAUGUCACAUGAGCGCGACAAAACGGUUUUUUUUUAUAAAACCGUCGCAUUUACUUUCUUGCCUCUUCUCAUUUUAGCUGAAGUGGUGAAAAUAGUUUUAUGUAUGAAAUAAGCGUAGUUGUAACUUUAUCUCGUCUUUAUUAAUCCGUCAAUGUUUAGGUAUUAUUCAAUGACGUUCUAUACAGAUAUAUGGCAAAUAUAAUAUCAUUCGCAGACAAAUAGCGGAACCGCAUAAGUGUGCUUGAAGACAAUGAAAGCACACUUUUUCUUCUUAGUCGUGUCUUAACCGUCACUGUCCGAAUGAACUGAAUAAAUUUUUGACAUUGCUGCUUAUUAAUGAAGAAUAUUUUUAACGCUGACGAAGACUGAUAAGCAGAUGAAGACUAUUAUGGGGUAAUUUAUAGAACGUCAUUGGAAUUAUUCGUAUUUUUAGGAUUGUUUCGCUUAUUAGUAGUACAGCCUUCGCUGUGACGUCAUCCUAGAGGUAUUUGUUGGCCGCAGGAUCAUAGAAACUGUAAGAUUUUAAUAAGAUAAAACAACUACUCAAAUAA